AUGUCUGCUCCACCAUUACAGGGCGUUCGAGUCAUCGAACUUGCUGGUCUAGCUCCAGGCCCUUUUGCCGGACUACUUCUAGCCGACUACGGCGCAUCAGUCCUUCGCGUCGACCGUCCAGCUGCUAUCAGCGGCGACCAAUUGACUCGCCGCAAAACAUCUAUUACUAUUGAUAUCCGUGACCCGAAAUCGCGCGAAAUUCUUCUUCGCCUCCUCGCAGGGGCCGACGUCUUGAUCGACCCUUUCCGCCCAGGAGUACUAGAACGACUCGAUCUUUCUCCCAAAGAUGUUUUGCUCAAGCAUAAUCCACGACUGAUCGUGGCACGCAUGACUGGAUUCCGUCGUGAUGGCAAAUACAAAGACAUGGCAGGUCAUGACAUUAACUAUAUUGCCGUUUCAGGUGUCCUGUCCAUGCUCGGACGGAAAGGUGAGAAGCCAUUCGCGCCGGGCAACAUUCUUGGUGACUUUGCCGGCGGAGGUGCAAUGUGCUUUCUCGGAAUCCUUCUCGCCCUGAUCUCUCGGUCGCAUACUGGCCGCGGACAAGUCGUCGAGGCCAACAUGGUGGACGGAUCGGCGUACCUCGCUACGUUCCCGCGCCUAGGACUCCAGACUCCUGCCUGGGAUAAACCACGAGGAGAUAAUUUGCUGGACAGUGGGUGCCCCUACUAUGAUACCUACGAGACCAAGGACGCCGGGAAAUACUUCGCCGUCGGCGCUCUCGAGCCACAAUUCUAUGCCGCGCUUCUCCGCGGGCUGGGCUUUGAUUCAAAGUCUCUCCCCGCCCGGGAAGACCGCGACAAUUGGUCUGCUCUCCGCGAAAUUUUCACUCGCCGUUUCAGAGAGAAGACUCGCGCCGAGUGGGAAGCCAUUUUCGACGGCACCGAUGCGUGCGCCACCCCCGUCUUCGAGCAAAGCGAGUUGGAGGCAGCGGGAUAUGACCAGCGCCCGGCGGUCCACCUGUCGCAGACACCCGCCUACCCUAUCAAGCCGGACGAGGGCGGGUGGACUGGAGGAGGUCUCAUGCCUGGAGACGGGGGAGUGGAGACAUUGCGGGCGUGGAUGGGAUGGGAGCCCAAUAAGGACUUUGUCGUUCGGAAGGAUGGCGCACUCUUCUCGGUGGACGGGAGGGCGAAGUUAUGA